AUGACAACUCGCCUCAGGAAGACUCGCAGGCUCAGAGGCCACGUCUCUGCAGGCCAUGGGCGCGUGGGGAAGCACCGCAAACACCCAGGAGGUCGCGGUAAGGCUGGUGGUUUACAUCACAAUCGAAUUCACUUCGAUAAAUACCACCCUGGGUACUUCGGCAAGGUCGGCAUGAGGCACUUUCAUUUGCUGCGCAACCAACAGUACUGCCCCGUGAUUAAUGUUGACAGACUCUGGUCUUUGAUGUCUCCAAAUGCAUUGGAGCAAGCAAAGAGCGGUAAUAAGGGAAAGGCAUUUGUUUUGGAUUGCACACGAGCAGGAUACUUCAAGGUGCUGGGGAAGGGUUCUCUACCUAAAUUACCUCUCAUUGUUAGAGCUCGUUUCUUCUCGAAGUUGGCAGAGAAGAAGAUUAAAGAGGCGGGGGGAGUUUGCGUGUUGAGCGGUUAA